AAAGCCAGCACGAGCAAGCUGCCGACAGAUGCGUCUCCCGACUCCAAAUGCCCCAUCUGCCUGGAUAGAUUUGACAACGUCGCAUAUCUAGAUCGCUGCUUGCAUAGGUUCUGCUUCCGCUGCGUCCAAGAAUGGUCAAAAAACAAAGCAGAAUGCCCGCUCUGCAAGCAACCCUUUUUUUCCAUUUUCCAUACGAUUCGUGCUGAAGAUGACUUCAAGGAGUACAUACUCAGCCCUUUGGAAACAAGCUCUUUUGCCAGCCCCGAUGGCCGGAGGUUUCGUUACCGCACUACCUUAACGAGGGAACGCCGCACGCGCGGUUCCCCUUCCCGGAGGAUGCUGUCCCCUCCGGAUAACGGGAUGUUGUUUGAAGGGCUGUCGAGCGAGCCGAUGCGACACAGACACAGAGAGAUUCAGCAGAUGAUCAGGAGGCUGGCCUCAAGGAGAAAGGCUAGCGCGGAGGGCAGAUCUCUGCGGCAGAUUCAGGAGGAGGACAUGAUCACCUUCCGCAGGGCUCUGUACCGCACCGGCGUGCGCAUCCGCAGCAUUCAGGACGGCGGGCGAUACCGAGAGAUUUCGGCAGAGUUCUUCCGCCGCAACCCUGCUUGCCUUCACCGCUUGGUUCCUUGGUUGAAGCGAGAACUUACAGUCCUGUUUGGUGCCCACGGGUCUCUGAUCAAUAUUGUGCAGCACAUAAUCAUGAGUAACGUGACUAGAUACGAUCUGGAAAGUCAGGCCUUUGCUGAUGAUUUAAAGCCGUUUCUGCUGAAUCGGACAGAACACUUCCUGCACGAAUUCAUCAGUUUUGCUCGCUGUCCUUUUAACUUAGAAGCGUACGAUCAACACGCCAAUUAUGACUGUCCUGCACCAUCAUAUGAGGAAGGAAGCCACUCAGACUCAUCAAUUAUUACCAUAUCUCCAGAUGUGGCGUACCCGCAAGGGCCAGAGAGUAGCUUGUCUGUUCCUGGUCUUGGUCAGGCCCCGUGGGAUGAUGAAACUCCAGGGCCUUCCUAUUCCAUUUCAGAAGAGGUUCGUGCAACCAUAGCUUCUCCUCUGGAGUCAUCGGAAAGUUCUGAUGAGGACUCUGCCUCAGGGAGCCGAAGAGCCAAGCUGCAGACGGAGUUACAGGCCAAUGCGGACUCAAACGACAGCGGCUCUUCCUCAGACAAUUGCGUCAUUGUCGGGUAUGUUAAGCCCUUAGCUGAGAGGACACCAGAAGUGGUUGAGCUGUCCUCUGACUCUGAGGAGUCCAUCAAGGAAGAGAAAAGGGAAGAUGUCAAGAAACAGCGACCAGUCCAGUGUCACAGCUGGAGUGACAGUGAACCAAGCAGGAGCUUCUCACCACAUUCCCCAACAUAUAGG